AGACUGUUUUUCGGUCCGAGGGAAAGGAGGAAGAAGGAGAUUGUGAUGGGGAAAGGGGGUCUGUAAAUCGUCAGGCACGGCACAAAGGCUUUGCCACGUAAUUACAGGCUCCUAUUAAGUCGAGAUCUGCCCUCCCUGGGGUCUCCAAUUUUCUUGUAUUCCCUACAAAGCGUCCUCUGCAUGCCAGUUUGUGCCUUUUGAAGUGCCAGAGAGCUUCUUGAUCCAACUGAGAAGGAAAAGGAGCUGGGCAAGAAGAGGGGGAGAGAGAGCAGGGAAGGGAAAGGGGGGAACCCUCCACCACCCUCCUUCGGACUCUUCAAGCCCUUUUUUUUUUUUUCCUUCCUCCCAACGAAAAGUAAAGUGAGAAUCCUGCUCUCCAAUACAUCUGCAAGACAUCACCCUCUCCUCCUGAAACUUUAGUCACUCCUGAGAAUCCACAGGAGUGCGGAGAGGGGAACACGUUUUCUUGAAGAUGUUUUGAAGCUGGAACAAGCCUUCUUCUGUUGGUGCUUGAACUCUUGCCUGGGAAUAACUUUUUUAACCUUAAAAAAACCCACUUUGAUUCUUCUCUCCCACCCCUUCUCCUCUCUUCUUGUGUUUGCCUAACUCCCCCGCCCUGCUGGCCUCCCCUCUCAUCUCUCCCCCUGACUAUUAUUUUUAGUGUGUGCGUGUGGACGCUUUUGGGGAGAGAGGUGGAAGAGAUUUUUUUUUUUCUUCUGACUUGAACAUAGGGUGGUUUUUUUAUUUUAUUUUUUGGUGUGGAUUAUCUCUUUGGAUCGCGCCGGACUUGGCCUCAGGAAAGCAAGCGGGGCUGUCAAAGGCUGUGGGAGAACGCUCUGCUCUGCACAAGGGGGUCCCCCCCCCGCCCUCUUUCCACUUUUUUUUGUCCUUCCCCUCCUUCUUCUCUCUCUCUCUCCCUCUCCCUCUCUCCACUCCCCCCUCUCUCUUCCCCACUCGGCUCCUCUCCCCCCUCGCGCCCACAGCGUUUGGUGUUGAUUCGAGCGGGAAGAGGGGGGUGGGUGGGAUCGGAGGGGGAGACCAUGACCUCCAGCUACGGGCACGUUCUGGAGCGGCAACCGGCGCUGGGCGGCCGCUUGGACAGCCCGGGCAACCUCGACACUCUGCAGGCGAAAAAGAACUUCUCCGUCAGUCACCUGCUAGACCUGGAGGAAGCCGGGGACAUGGUGGCGGCGCAGGCGGACGAGAGCGUGGGCGAGGCGGGCCGGAGCCUGCUGGAGUCGCCGGGACUCACCAGCGGCAGCGACACCCCGCAGCAGGACAAUGACCAGCUGAACUCGGAGGAGAAGAAGAAGAGAAAGCAGCGGAGGAACCGGACCACCUUCAACAGCAGCCAGCUGCAGGCCUUGGAGCGCGUGUUCGAGCGGACCCACUACCCCGACGCCUUCGUGCGGGAAGACCUCGCCCGCCGGGUGAACCUCACCGAGGCCAGGGUGCAGGUGUGGUUCCAGAACCGAAGAGCCAAGUUCCGCAGGAACGAGAGAGCCAUGCUGGCCAACAAAAACGCCUCCCUCCUCAAAUCCUACUCAGGGGACGUCACCGCCGUGGAGCAGCCCAUCGUGCCGCGUCCUGCCCCGAGGCCCACCGAUUACUUCUCCUGGGGCACGGCCUCUCCGUACAGAUCCUCGUCCCUCCCAAGAUGUUGUUUACACGAGGGACUUCAUAACGGAUUCUAACGGAAGACACUGGAAAGUGCCAUGGCUACUUAUUCUGCCACAUGUGCCAACAAUAGCCCUGCACAGGGCAUCAACAUGGCCAACAGCAUUGCCAACCUGAGACUGAAGGCCAAGGAGUAUAGUUUACAGAGGAACCAAGUGCCAACAGUCAACUGAGGAAAAAAA